AUGGCAUCGUCAAAAACACGUGAUCCAUGGCAACAACAACAACAAAGUCGUCUUCGUUUCAAUACAAUCAGUCGUGAGAAUAUAAAUGACAUGCAGCAACGACUUCGCGAUGAACGUGAAAGCAAACGGUCGAAUCUCGACGAACGACAUCGACAUUUGUUCGAUAUUAUUGCUACUCGACUUGGUAUCGAAAGAUCUGAAGUCGAAGAUAAUGUAAUCGAUAGUCAUAAUUUUCAUCUUAUGGAUCAAUUUUUUAUCAAUGAUGGAAGUCAAUAUCUUGUUUUCUUCUAUCAAGAACCUGAACCAGAAAAUUAUCAAAAUGGAGACUCGUAUCGUCCUGGUUUGUCUCCAUAUUCAAAUCGAACAAGUUCAAGUAAUCAACGACCUACAAAACCUAAAGUGAUCAUAGCCGAUCUUCAAGAACAAAGUCUACGAGGAAUAUGUCUUUGUUUUUUACGUAACUCAAAAAAAACCGUUAUUACAGGACAAAAUAUCGUUAAUGAAGUUUUUUUCUAUACAUUUGAAUGUAACACUGAACCUUUACUUCAAGCAUUAAGUCGAUCAAUAGCUGAUAUAUAUUUACCAUAUCUUCAAACAUCAGAAACAACUUGGGGAAAACUUACUGGUUCAGAUAAUAAUCAAAUGAUAAAAGUUGAUUUUAUUAGUCGAUUAAAUAAUUUUGUUGCCACACUUAAUAGUGCACAAGAAAGUAUUAGUGAAAGAAUUUUAUUAAAACCAUGUGAUAAAGUUGAUUUAACACAAAUACAAAAUGCAGCUGAUUAUGUAUCAAUAGCAUCAAAUAAUGAAAGUCUUGCAUCAAUUGAAGAAACAAUGAAAAUAUGGAUUAAACAAAUGGAACAAGUUUUAGCCGAAAGUGAACAAAUUCGUCGUGAAGCAGAUAAUAUAGGUCCACGAGCUGAACUUGAUUAUUGGAAAAAACGUAUGACAAAGUUUAAUUUUUUACUUGAUCAAAUAAAAGGACAAGAUGUUAAAGCUGUUUUAACAAUUUUACAAACUGCUAAAUCAAAACUUAUUCAACAAUGGAAAUUACUUGAUCUAAAAAUUACAGAUGCAGCAAAUGAAGCUAAGGAUAAUGUACGAUAUUUAUAUACAUUAGAAAAGUUUUGUGAACCAUUAUAUAAUUCUGAUCCAGUUGGAAUGUUAGAAUGUAUUCCAGGUUUAAUUAAUGCUGUACGAAUGAUUCAUUCUAUUUCACGAUAUUAUAAUACAUCAGAAAGAAUGACAUCACUCUUUGUUAAAAUAACAAAUCAAAUGAUCACAACAUCAAAAAUGUAUAUAACUGAUAAUUAUACACAAACAAUAUGGUCUCAAGAUCAAGGACAUGUUAUAUCAAAAUUACGUGAUUGUAUUAAAUUAAAUGAUGAAUAUCAACGAUGUUUUCAAUCAACAAAAAAUAAAUUAGCAUCAAAUCCAUCUGAACGUCCAUUUGAUUUUAGUGAAAUGUAUAUUUUUGGAAAAUUUGAUUCAUUUGUACGACGAUGUGAAAAAAUUAUUGAUAUGUUUGGAACAAUAAAUAUGUAUUCACAUUUAGCUGAUUCUAAAAUUGAAGGUAUAUCACCAUUUUAUUCGAAAUUUAAUAUGAUUAUAACAUCAAUGAAGAAAAAAGAUUAUGAUUUUUUGGAUCAACGUAAACAAGAUGUUGAUAGUGAUUUAGAUGAUUUUCGUCGUUCAAUAGCUGAUCUUCAUAGUAAUAUAAAUGAAUUUCUUGAUAAAUAUUUUAAUGCUAUACGUAAUACUGAACGAUCAUUAACUGCAUUAAAACGUUUUGAAAAAUUACUAUUACCAAAUAUUGGUUUAAAUGAAAAAUAUGCAAAAAUUUUACAACAAUAUUCUAAAGAUUUGGAUUCAGUUGCCAAAAUUUAUCAAAAAAAUUCUAAAGAACCACUUAUUUCAAGAGAUUUACCACCAACAGCUGGUCGAAUCAUGUGGGCUCGUCAAUUGUAUAUGCGUAUUCAACAACCGAUGGAUAUUUUUAUUGCAAAUAAAACCAUUCUUCAAUAUCCUGAAGCAAAAAAAAUUAUUAAAAAUUAUAAUCAACUCUCUAAAGUUCUUUUAUCAUACGAAAUUCUAUAUCAUCGUGGAUGGCUUCGUCAAGUCGAUGUUGUUGCAACUGGUAUACAUUCUAGUAUAUUAAUACGUGUUAAUCAUGAUGAACUUUUAUCGGCUGCCUCAACACAUACAGGCAUAUCAUCUGUUGUAACAUCAACAUCACAAACAAAUCCAGAAUAUUUAGUUAAUCUUGAUCCAAAUAUUCUUGAAUUAAUACGAGAAACUCAAUGUUUGGCACGUUUAGGUUUAGAAAUUCCAAAAGAAGCUGCUAUAUUAGCACAACGUGAAGAUUAUCUUAAAAAACAUUAUCAAGAUUUAACACAAUUAGUCGAAAAAAAUAAACGUUUAAGAGAAAAAAUUAAACAACCAUUUGAAGCAUUAUUAGCACCGAAAAUUCAUCGUUUAAAUGAUAUUAUUAAACCUGGUUUAACAUCGUUAACAUGGGCAUCAUUAACUAUCGAUGAUUUUAUAAAUUCUGUUAACGCUGCAUUAGAUGAAUUUGAUUUAAUGCUAGAUCGUGCAAAUGAUCUUAUAGCAUAUCGUAUCGAUGCAGUACUUGAUGAAAUAGCAACAAUGACUCUUUGUGAUUUACCUGAAGAUGAACCAAUAACACCUGAUCAAUUUUUACAACAUACUCAAAAUUUAUGUAAUCUUGCAUCAAAACAAAUUCAAAUGAAAUCUCAUAAUGUUGAAGAUGCUGUACUUGAAGUUAUUGAUCUUUUAUGUGGAAAUAUAAUUGGUACUAAUGGUGAUGGUGAUGAACAAGGACAAUAUUCAAAUAUUGCUUUAGACCUUGAUGAUGAAGAAUCUGAUGAUGAAACAACAACUAUUCAUGAUCAGAGUACACAUAAAUCAGCUCGAAGUAGUCGACAACAAUCAAGUGUAACAAAUCGAACACGACAAGUAUCAUCAGGAAAAUCAUCAAGAGUACGAACGAAAUCCGCAAAUCUAUUAGCAACAAAAUCACGUCGUAAACGUGAACAACAAAAUGAAAAUUUACAAGUUGCUAUUAUAGAAUUAAUUAAUCAUUUUAGUCAUCGAAAUCUUGAUGCUAUUGUACGUGUUAUUAAAAUGACUUUAGAAAAAUUAAGAAAACGUAUUACAUCAACACUUAGUUAUAGUCGAAAUCAUCAAGAAGCACCAGUAUUUAAAGUUUUUGCUGAAUUAGCUAUUCCAAAUGUAACUAUUCAACCACCAACUGAUGAAGUACAAAUUUAUUUAAAUAAAGCUGUACAAACGAUUGUGUCUGUUGCAAAAACUAUUUCACAAUGGGAUAAAAAUAGAAAAAGACAAAGCAAACGUACUAAUAAACUUGACACACCAUUGGAUGCACAAGCUGGUGAAAGUGAAACUCAUCCUGGAGUAAAUCCUACAUCAGAUCAUGAAGAAGAAAAUUAUCCAGCCACUCCAGGUUCAACAUCAGUUGGCAUUAAUCUUGAAACAUCUGCAAAAGAUAUAUUUCAUCAAGGAUUAUCUGUUACUGAUGGUACAGCUAGUCGAUUACGAGGCAAUGAACAAACUACCAAUUCAGAUCAACCACAUGCUCGAGUACAAUUUACUCCGGCAAAUAAUUAUUUUAAAAAUGUAUCUGAAAAUAAAGAUGUUGCUAAAUUAGUUUCACUAUUAGCCACAUGUAUUAAUGCAACAAAAAAAGAAAUAACAACAGCAUUGGAAAUAUUCACACGAUUUAAUGCUCUAUGGCAACGAGAUCGUGAUGAAGAAUUAAAAGAUUUUCUAUCACAAGAACCACGUGUAUCUGAGUUUGAAGCUAAAAUUAAAUUUUAUGAAAAUUUAGCAUCAGAUAUUAAUACACAACCAGAAUUUAUGCCUGUUGGUCCACUAGCUAUUUUUACUGAACAUUUAAAAUUUGCUCUUAAUCAAGAAGUUCGUGAUUGGAUAGUUCGUUAUGGUCAAGCAUGUAAUUUAAAAUAUCGAAAAGAAAUGAAUGAAGUUAGCGCAUUCGUUGAAGAUAUUGAAAAACGUUUAUCACGUCCUAUCAAUGACUUAGAAGACAUUCGUUUAAUUAUGCUUGCAAUUAAAGAUUUACGAGAUAAUGAAAUUCGUAUUGAUAUGAGUAUAGCACCAAUUGAAGAAUCAUAUACAAUGUUACAAGUUCAUGGUCUUAAUGUUGCACGAGAAGAAUGUGAUCGAGCUGAAUCAAUAAAAUUCAAUUGGGAAAAACUUCAACGUCAUUGUAGUGAAGUAACAUCAUAUUUACUUAAAAUUCAACCAGCAAAACGAUCCGAAUUAUUAGAAAAUGUUAAAAUAUUUAUUGAAGAAUGUGAAAAAUUUUAUAUUGAUUAUGAAAAAGGUGGACCAACAAUAUCAGAUUUAACACCACGUGAAUCAAGUGAUAGACAAAUACUAUUUCAGAGUCGUGUAGAAAAUUUAUAUAAAAAAUAUGAAACAUAUCAUGGUGGAGAAUUAUUAUUUGGUUUAGCAAUAACUGAUUUUCCACAAUUAGAAAAAAUUAAAAAAGACUUAACAUUAUUACAACGUCUUUAUGGUUUAUAUAAUAAAGUAUUAGAUACUGUUGCAGGUUAUUUUGAUAUAGCAUGGGUUGAUGUUAAUAUUGAUAAAAUCAAUCAAGAAUUAUCUGAUUUCCAAACAGCUUGUAGAAAAUUACCUAAAGGUUUAAGAGAAUUUCCAGCUUUUCAUGCAUUAAAAAAAACAAUUGAUGAUUUUAGUGAAUGUUGUCCUUUGUUAGAAAUGAUGUCAAAUCGAGCUAUGCAAAGUCGUCAUUGGCAACGAAUAGCUGAAGUAACUGGUGCACAUAAUUUAGAUGUUGAAGCUGAUGAUUUUCGUUUGAGAAAUGUUAUGGAUUUACCAAUACUUCAAUUCAAAGAAGAUAUUGAAGAUAUUUGCAUUGCAGCUGUUAAAGAACGAGAUAUUGAAGGAAAACUUAAACAAGUUGAAUCUGAUUGGAAAGCACAAGAAUUUAAUUUUGCUCAAUUUAAAACACGAGGAGAAUUAUUACUUAAAGGUGAUCGAGUGCAAGAAGUUAUCAGUCUAUUGGAAGAUUCUCUUAUGUUACUUGGUUCAUUGAUGUCAAAUAGAUAUAAUGUUCCAUUUCGAAAACAAAUUCAAAAAUGGGUUAAAGAUUUAACUGAUACAAAUGAAAUUAUUGAAAAUUGGAUGCGUGUACAAAAUUUAUGGGUUUAUUUAGAAGCUGUUUUCGUUGGUGGUGAUAUUGCUAAACAAUUACCACAAGAAGCUAAACGUUUUUCAUCUAUUGAUAAAUCUUGGCUUAAAAUCAUGUCUAAAGCACAUGAACAACCAGCUGUUGUACCAUGUUGUACAACAGAUGAAACAUUAAAACAAUUAUUACCACAUCUUCUUGAACAACUUGAAUUAUGUCAAAAAUCUUUAACUGGUUAUUUAGAACGAAAGCGUCUUUCAUUUCCACGUUUCUUUUUUGUAUCUGAUCCAGCCUUAUUAGAAAUCUUAGGUCAAGCUAGUGAUCCACAUACAAUUAAAGCACAUUUAUUAAGUGUAUUUGAUAAUAUAAAAACCGUACGAUUUCAUGAAAAAGAAUAUGAUAAAAUUUUAACUAUUGAAUCGUCCGAAGGUGAAACAGUUGAACUUGAAAAACCUGUUAAAGCAGAAGGUAAUGUUGAAAUAUGGUUAAUGUCACUUCUUAAAGAAGCUCAACGAUCAUUACAUGGUGUUAUUCGUCAAGCUCAUCAUGCUUUAUCGGAUCCAUCAUCAUUUAAUCUUAUUGAAUUUCUUAAUACAUAUCCAGCACAAGUUGGUCUAUUAGGUAUACAAUUAAUAUGGACACGUGAUGCAACAGAAGCACUACGUCAUGCUAAAGUAGAUAAAAAUAUUAUGAGACAAACAGCUAAAGUCUUUAGUGAUUUACUGGAUUUAUUAAUUGAUCAAACAACAAAAGAUUUAACACGUGUUGAACGUACAAAAUAUGAAACAUUAAUAACAAUACAUGUACAUCAAAAAGAUAUAUUUGAUGAACUUGUUCAAACUAAUGUUCGAACUAUAGGUGAUUUUGAUUGGCUUAAACAAACAAGAUUUUAUUUUGUUGAAGAAUUAGAUAAAGUACAAAUAUCGAUUACUGAUGUUGAUUUUACUUAUAUGAAUGAAUUUCUUGGAUGUAAUGAACGUUUAGUUAUUACACCAUUAACUGAUCGAUGUUAUAUUACAUUAGCACAAGCAUUACAUAUGAGUAUGGGUGGAGCACCUGCUGGACCAGCUGGAACAGGAAAAACUGAAACAGUUAAAGAUAUGGGACGAUGUCUUGGAAAAUACGUUGUUGUAUUUAAUUGUUCUGAUCAAAUGGACUUUCGUGGUUUAGGUCGUAUAUUUAAAGGUUUAGCUCAAUCAGGUUCAUUUGGUUGUUUUGAUGAAUUUAAUCGUAUUGAUUUACCUGUACUUUCUGUUGCUGCACAACAAAUAGCUAUUGUACUUGCUUGUAAAAAAGAAAAAAAACGUCAAUUUAUAUUUACAGAUGGUGAUCUUGUUGAAAUGAACUUGGAAUUUGGCAUAUUUUUAACAAUGAAUCCAGGUUAUGCUGGUCGACAAGAAUUACCUGAAAAUUUAAAAAUUAAUUUUCGUUCCGUUGCUAUGAUGGUACCUGAUCGUUUACCAAUUAUUCGUGUUAAAAUGGCUGCAUGUGGUUUUAGAGAAAACGUUCCGUUAGCAAAGAAAUUUUAUACACUUUAUAAACUAUGUGAGGAACAACUUAGUAAACAAGUUCAUUAUGAUUUUGGUUUACGAAAUAUUUUAUCCGUAUUACGAACACUUGGUGCUGUUAAACGUGCAAAUAAAGAUGAUUUAGAAAAGACGAUUGUUAUGCGAGUACUUCGUGAUAUGAAUCUAUCAAAAUUAGUUGAUGAAGAUGAACCUUUAUUUAUAUCACUUAUUAAUGAUCUUUUUCCAAAUAUAAAAUUAGAAAAAGAAUCAUAUGUUGAAUUAGAAGCAGCUAUUGAUAAAGAAGCUCAAGCUGCUGGACUUAUAUGUCAUCCACCAUGGAUAUUAAAAAUAAUUCAAUUAUUUGAAACUCAACGUGUCCGUCAUGGAAUGAUGACAUUAGGACCAUCAGGUGUUGGUAAAACAUGUUGCAUUCAUACAUUAAUGAAAGCAAUGACAAUAUGUGGUGAACCACAUCGUGAAAUGCGUAUGAAUCCAAAAGCUAUAACAGCACCACAAAUGUUUGGUCGAUUAGAUGCAGCAACAAAUGAUUGGACUGAUGGAAUAUUUUCAACAUUGUGGAGACGAACAUUACGUACCAAAAAAGGUGAAUUUGUUUGGCUUGUGUUAGAUGGUCCAGUUGAUGCUAUUUGGAUUGAAAAUUUAAAUUCAGUAUUAGAUGAUAAUAAAACAUUAACAUUAGCCAAUGGUGAUCGAAUACCAAUGGCACCAAAUUGUAAAAUUAUUUUUGAAGUACAUAAUAUUGAUAAUGCAUCACCAGCUACUGUUAGUAGAAAUGGUAUGGUUUAUAUGAGUAGUUCUGGUUUAGAUUGGCGACCAUUAAUUCAAGGUUGGACAAAACGUGAACGAUCAUUAAGUGAUGGUGAAGUUUUAAUGCGUUUAUUUGAAUCAUCAUUUCCAUUUAUUUAUCGACAUUUUUCUAUUCAUCUUAAAUCAAAAAUGCCUAUACUUGAAUGUAUGAUUGUUACUCAGGCAUGCAAAUUAUUAAAUGGUUUAUUACCAUUAAAAGAAGCUAAAGAUCAAUUAACACCACAGCAUGUUGAACGUUUAUAUGUAUUUGCAGUAAUGUGGUCAGUUGGUGCUUUUCUUGAAUUAGAUGAUCGUGCACGUUUACAAGAUUAUAUAUUAAAUUGUACUGAUGCUAGUUUUCGUUUGGAUACACCAAAAUUAACCGAAGGUAGUGAAGAUACAAUAUUUGAUUAUUUUGUUCAUGAAAAAACUGGUGCAUGGACACAUUGGAAUAGUGUUGUUACUGAAUAUGUUUAUCCAAAAGAUCAUGAUCCAGAAUAUGCAUCUAUACUUGUACCUAAUGUUGAUAAUGUUCGAACAGAUUUUCUUAUUCAUACAAUUGCAAAACAACAUAAACCUGUUCUUCUUAUUGGUGAACAAGGUACAGCUAAAACUGUUAUUAUACAAUCAUAUAUGAGUAGAUAUAAUGCUGAAGAACAUUCACAAAAAACAGUUAAUUUUUCAUCUGCUACAACACCAAAUAUGGUUCAAAGAAUAAUUGAAUCCUAUGUUGAUAAACGUGUUGGAACGACAUAUGGUCCACCAGCUGGUAAAAAGAUGACUGUAUUUAUCGAUGAUAUUAAUAUGCCAACAAUAAAUGAAUGGGGUGAUCAAAUAACGAAUGAAAUUGUUCGUCAAUUAGUUGAACAAAGUGGUUUUUAUUCAUUAGAAAAACCAGGUGAAUUUACAACUAUUGUUGAUAUACAAUUACUUGCUGCUAUGAUACACCCUGGUGGUGGUCGAAAUGAUAUUCCACAACGUCUUAAACGGCAAUUUUGUAUAUUUAAUUGUACAUUGCCAUCGAAUGUAUCUAUUGAUAAAAUAUUUUCUGUUAUUGCAACAGGACAUUAUGCUAAAGAACGUGGAUUUACGGAUGAAGUACGUUCACUUAUUGAAAGACUUGUACCAGCUACAAGACGUUUAUGGCAAUUAACAAAAGUUAAAAUGUUACCAACACCAGCUAAAUUUCAUUAUGUUUUUAAUCUACGUGAUCUUUCACGUAUAUGGCAAGGAAUAAUUAAUACUAUUCCACAAGUUAUUAAUAAUGAAAAAACUGUAAUUCAUUUAUGGAAACAUGAAUGUUCACGAGUUAUAUGUGAUAGGUUCACUGAUAUUGAAGAUUUUCGUUGGUUUGUGAAAACAGUUGAACGUGUAGCUGAAGAGGAAUUAGGUGCAAAAUAUCAUGCUAUGGCAAAAAAAGAAGAGUAUUUUGUCGAUUUCUUAAGAGAUGCUCCUGAACCAACAGGUGAGGAAGCAGAAGAUGCCGAUUUAGAGGCACCUAAGAUUUAUGAACCAACACCUUCGUUCGAAGCUCUUGAAGAACGUUUAAAAAUGUAUUUAACACAGUAUAAUGAAAGUAUUCGUGGUUCAGGAAUGGAUUUAGUCUUCUUUAAAGAUGCAAUGGCACAUUUAGUUAAAAUUUCUCGUAUAAUUCGAACACCACGUGGUAAUGCUUUAUUAGUUGGUGUUGGUGGUAGUGGUAAACAAUCAUUAACAAAAUUAGCAUCAUUUAUUGCUGGUUAUAAAACCUUUCAAAUAACAUUAACACGUGCAUAUAAUACAAAUAAUUUAUUAGAAGAUUUAAAAACACUUUAUCGUAUUGCUGGAAAAGAAGGAAAAGGAAUAACAUUUAUAUUUUCUGAUCAAGAUAUUAAAGAUGAAUCAUUUCUUGAAUAUAUUAAUAAUGUACUUUCAUCAGGAGUUGUUCCAGGAAUGUUUCCUAGAGAUGAAAUGGAUGAAAUAUGUCAAGAAUUAGUACCUAUUAUGAAAAAACAAUAUCCAAGAAGACCACCAACAAAUGAAAAUUUAUAUGAUUAUUUUCUAUCUCGUGUUCGACAAAACUUACAUGUUGUUUUAUGUUUUUCACCAGUUGGUGAAAAAUUUCGUAAACGAGGUCUACAAUUUCCUGGUCUUGUGGCAAAUUGUACAAUUGAUUGGUUUCUUCGUUGGCCACGUGAUGCACUUGUUGCUGUUGCUGAUCAUUUUCUUUCAUCAUUUAAUAUUGUUUGUACGGAUGCAAUUAAAAAAGAACUUGUUCAAUGUAUGGGUUCAGUACAUGAUGGUGUAGCAGAAUAUUGUUUACAAUAUUUUCAAAAAUAUCGUCGAUCAACACAUGUUACACCGAAAUCAUAUCUUUCAUUUAUAAAUGGUUAUAAAGAAAUAUAUUCACAAAAAUUAAAUGAAAUUGAAUCUAUGGCUAAACGUAUGAAUGAUGGUCUUACACGUUUAGUUGAAGCUGAAAAAGCUGUAAUAGUUAUGAAAGAAGAAUUAACAAUUAAAGAAAAAGAAUUAGAUAUAGCAAAUAAAAAAGCUGAUGAAGUUUUAAAAGAAGUUGCAGUUAAAAAAGGUGCAGCUGAAGUCGUUAAGCAUCAAGUACAAAAAGUUAAAGAUACAGCACAAACAUUAGUCGAUGAAAUUAAUCGAGACAAAAUGGAAGCUAAUGCUGAACUUGAAAAUGCUAAACCCGCAUUACUUGCAGCUGAAGAAGCUUUAUUAACAAUAACACCUGCUGAUAUUUCUGUUGUACGUAAACUUGGUCGUCCACCACGUCUUAUUCGUCAAAUUAUGGAUUGUGUCUUAAUACUUUUUGGACGUCCAUUAAGAAAUCCAUUAAAAAUUGAUCCUGAAUUACAAGGACCUGAACCCAGUUGGGAAAGUUCAUUAAAACUUAUGUCUGAUACAGGUUUUCUCCAAAAUCUUCAAGCAUUUCCACGUGAUCGUAUUAAUGAUGAACAAAUUGAAUUACUUCAAUCAUAUUUUCGUGUACCUGAUUAUACAUAUGAAGGUGCUAAAGUAGCUGCUGGUGCUAUAGCUGGUUUAUUAACAUGGACACGUGCUAUGGCUGAUUUUUUCUAUGUUAAUAAACGUGUUUUACCAUUAAAAGGAAAUUUAGCUAUGCAAGAAGCUCGUUUAGUUAAAGCUAAUGCACAAUUACAAACAGCCCAAGACGAACUUGAUCGACGUGAAGCUGAAGUAGCUGCAGCACAAGCUGAAUAUGAUACUGCUAUGGCAACAAAACAACGUUUACAAGAUGAUCUUGAUCGAACAUUAAAACGAAUGAAUGCAGCUAGAGAAUUAAUAUCUGGUUUAGCUGAUGAACAAGAACGAUGGACUGAACAAAGUAAACAAUUUAAAGCUCAAAUUGGACGAUUGGUUGGCGAUGUACUUCUUUGUACUGGUUUUCUAUCAUAUCAAGGUCCAUUUAAUCAAGAUUUUCGUUUAUUAUUAGCAAAAGAUUGGCAAAAAUUAUUAACAGAAAGAAGUAUUCCAUUUACACGUGCAUUAAAUGUAACUGAAUAUUUAACUGAUGUAACAAUGGUUGGUGAAUGGAAAUUACAAGGUUUACCGAAUGAUGAAUUAUCAAUACAAAAUGCUAUUAUUGUGACACGCGCUAAACGUUAUCCAUUAUUAAUUGAUCCACAAGGACAAGGAAAAGCUUGGAUUAAAAAUAAAGAAGCAUCAAAUGAUUUACAAUCAACAAAUCUUUUAGCAAAACAUUUUCGACAACAUUUAGAAGAUUCUUUAUCACUUGGUAGACCAUUAAUAAUUGAAGAUGUUGGUGAAGAACUUGAUCCAGCAUUAGAUAAUGUUUUAGAAAAAAAUUUUAUUCGUUCUGGUACAACACUUAAAGUUAAAGUUGGAGAUAAAGAAGUUGAUAUAUUAAAAGGUUUUAAUUUAUAUCUAACAACAAAAUUAGCUAAUCCAGCAUUUACACCAGAAAUAUCAGCUAAAACAUCUGUUAUUGAUUUUACUGUUACAAUGAAAGGAUUAGAAGAUCAAUUAUUAGGUUUAACUAUUUUGAAAGAAAAAGCUGAAUUAGAAGGUGAACGUGUUAAAAUGUUAGAAGAUAUUCAAGCUAAUAAUAAACGAAUGAAAGAACUUGAAGAUAAUUUAUUGAUGAGAUUAAUUGAUGACGAUGAUCUAAUUCGAACAUUAAAAAUUACAAAAGUAACAUCAACUGAUGUUAAACAAAAACUUCAAAUAGCAACUGAAACUAGUCAAAAAAUAAAUAUUGCUCGUGAAGAAUAUCGUCCAGUUGCAACACGUGGUUCAAUUAUUUAUUUUCUUAUUGUUGAAAUGUCACUUGUUAAUGUUAUGUAUCAAACAUCAUUAAAACAAUUUUUACAAUUAUUCGAUCAAGCAUUAGAACGUUCACCACGAUCACCAGUUACAUCUAAACGUAUUACUAAUAUAAUGGAAUAUUUAACAUAUGACAUGUAUAAAUAUGCUGUUCGUGGUUAUUAUGAAGAACAUAAAUUUAUGUUUACACUUUUAUUAGCAUUAAAAAUUGAUUUACAAUCAAGUCGACUUAAAUUUGAUGAAUUUCAAACAUUAAUUAAGGGUGGUGCAUCAAUUGAUGCCAGCACAGCACCACCAAAACCACCAUAUAAAUGGUUACAAAAUGAUUCUUGGCUGAAUCUUGUUGAAUUAUCUAAACUUUAUCAAUUUAGUGAUAUACUUAAUUCUCUUAAUCGUGCUGGUGUAGCAUGGGAUACAUGGUUUAAGAAAGAUGAACCUGAACGUGCUGAAUUACCUGAUGGUUGGGAACCACAAUUAGAUAAAUUUCGUCGUCUUCUUCUAAUUCGUUCUCUAACACCAGCACGUUUUGUUAAAUCGGCUCUUGAUUAUGUAAUCGAUUCAUUAGGACCAAGAUAUGGUGAUGGUGUUGUACUUGAUAUGGAAAAAAUGUGGGAUGAAUCUGAUAAAUGUUCGCCAAUGAUAUGUUUUCUAUCAAUGGGUUCAGAUCCAACUGUACAAAUAGAAACAUUAGCAAAAAAGAAAUCAAUUGAUUGUAAUGCUAUAUCAAUGGGACAAGGACAAGAAGUUCAUGCACGACGAUUAUUAACACAAGCUUAUGGAAAUGGUGCUUGGGUAUUAUUACAAAAUUGUCAUUUAUCAUUAGAUUUCUGUGAAGAAUUUUUAUUACAAUUAACAGAAAAUACAGAUCGUAUUCAUCCAGAUUUUCGUCUUUGGAUAACAACUGAAGUUCAUCCUAAAUUUCCUAUUGGUCUAUUACAAAUUUCAAUUAAAUAUACAGCUGAACCACCACAAGGUGUUAAAGCUGGUUUAAAACGUACAUUUGCUGGCUUAACACAAGAACAACAAUUAGAAUCAAAUACACAUGAAAAAUGGCGUCCUUUAUUAUAUGCUAUUGCAUUUUUACAUACAAUUGUACAAGAACGAAGAAAAUUUGGUCCACUUGGAUGGAAUAUACCAUAUGAAUUUAAUCAAUCAGAUUUUAAUGCAACAGUUCAAUUUAUUCAAAAUUAUCUUGAUGAUAUGGAUGCAGCUAAACAAAUGCAAUGGAAAACUAUUCAUUAUAUGAUUUCAGAAGUACAAUACGGAGGUCGUGUAACAGAUGAUUUUGAUAAACGUCUUUUGAAAACAUAUGUUAAAUGUUGGUUUCGUGAUGAAAUGUUUGAUUCUAAUUUUCAAUUUGAAGAAAAAACUUAUCGUAUACCGAAAAUGAGUCGUAUUGAAGAUGUUUUCGAUUAUAUUGAAACAAUACCAAACUAUGAUAGUGGAAAAGUAUUUGGAUUAAGUCCAUUAGCUAAUGAUAGAUAUCAAGAAGAUACAACUAAAAAAGUUCUUGAUACCAUAUUAAGUAUUCAACCAAAAGAAGCUCGUGGUGGUGCAGGUGAAACACGUGAAGCUGUCAUAUAUCGCUUAGCUACUGAAACAUUAGAAAAAUUACCACCAGAUUAUAUUGCACAUGAAGUUAAAGAACGUCUUGCAAAACUUGAACCGAUGAAUAUAUUUCUUCGACAAGAAAUAGAUCGUUUUCAACGUGUACUGAAUGCUGUACGACGUACAUUAAUUGAUUUAAAAUUAGCUAUUGAUGGUACGAUUGUUAUGAAUGAAGAAUUACGUGAUGCACUUGAUCGAAUGUAUGAUGCUAAAAUUCCAACUGUUUGGUUAAAAUUAUCAUGGGAAUCGUCAACAUUAGGUGCUUGGUUUACAGAUUUAUAUGCACGAAAUGAACAAUAUCGUUCUUGGUUAAAACUUGAUAAAGAUACAAGACCAAUUGCUUUUUGGAUGACAGGAUUUUUCAAUCCACAAGGAUUUUUAACAGCUAUGCGACAAGAAGUAACAAGAGCUAAUCAAGGUUGGUCAUUGGAUAAUGUUGUUUUAACAAAUAAAGUUACACGAAUGGAUCGUGAAGCAUUAAAAGAACCCCCACGUGAAGGUCUUUAUGUAUAUGGUUUAUAUAUUGAAGGAGCUAAAAUAAAAAAUGGUGUUUUGGAUGAAUUAAAAGCAAAUGAAAAAGUCUUAACACAUCUAAUGCCUGUUAUUCAUAUAUCAGCUGAAGCUGAUUUUGGCACAGGUGCAGCACCAUCAAAACAAGAUCGUCGUCCUGUUUAUUAUGCACCUGUUUAUAAGAAACCACGUCGAACAGAUAGAAACUUUGUGUGUACACUCAAAUUAGAAUGUCCACCAGGUGAUAAAGCUGGACCUGAUGUAUGGACAUUGAGAGGUGUUGCACUUCUUUGUGAUACGAAAUAA